CCGGCCAAUCUCUCACGAGAUCAUACUCGAGGCCGGUGCCGUGCCACCGAAGGGAUGCAUUUAUCGCAUGUCCGAGGAGGAGCUCACGGUUCUCCGUGCGCAACUUGACGAUCUACUUGACAAGGGUUGGAUCCGCCCUAGCAGCUCACCUUACGGUGCGCCCGUUCUCUUCGUUCGGAAGAAGAACAAGGACCUUCGACUUUGCAUUGACUACCGACGCCUCAACGCGCAAACCAUCAAGAACGCGGGGCCUCUACCUCGCAUUGACAAUUUGCUUGAGCGUUUGGGCGGCGCCAAGUACUUUUCGAAGUUGGACCUCAAGUCGGGCUACCAUCAGAUUUCCAUCCGCCUGCAAGAUCGGUACAAAACCGCGUUUAAGACGCGAUAUGGGCAUUUUGAGUGGGUAGUUAUGCCUUUUGGCCUCACCAAUGCCCCGGCUACCUUUCAGGCGGCCAUGACCACCGAGUUUAGCGCUAUGUUGGACCGUUUUGUCUUGGUCUACUUAGACGACAUCCUCGUCUAUAGCCGAACUCUAGAGGAGCAUCUCGAGCACCUUCGCCGUGUUCUAGAGACUCUUCGGUCAGCCCGGUACAAAGCCAACCACGACAAAUGUGAGUUUGUCCGGCAAGAGCUUGAAUACUUGGGCCAUCUUGUAUCUCCAAAAGGCAUUCGUCCGUUGGCGGACAAGAUUCAAGCCAUCCAGGAGUGGCCCGAGCCGAAGAAUGUGACGGACGUCCGAUCCUUCAUCGGCUUGGACGGUUAUUAUCAGCACUUCGUCAAGGGUUACUCAAAGAUCGCGGCCAACCUAAGCAAGUUACAAAGCGAGGAGCAGCCUUUUGACUUUGACGACGAUGCGCGCCAUUCUUUUGAAACACUCAAAGCAGCACUCUUAUCCGUCGAGGUGUUACAUAUCUACGACCCGCUUCUAGCUACGUGUGUCACUACUGAUGCGUCGGGCUAUGGCAUUGGGGCCGUCCUUGAGCAGCACGAUGGCACGGACUGACACCCGGUCGAGUACUUUAGCAAGAAAGUACCUCCCGUGCAUUCGAUCGACGACGCACGGAAGGAG